GCUUUGAGCGUGCAACAAAAGUAAAGCCACAUUUCUCCUCGAAAACCAUUCUGCCGCUAUCAUGACCGAGAGAAACCCCAAAGGCACAGGCAAGACUAAGCUGUCAUUGUCCAAGAGUAAGAAGAAAGGCAGUGUCAAAGCUGGGGUUUCUAACACAUCUCCAAUCACCUCGUUUUUCAGCAGCCAUCCUCCACCUCGGCUGGCCUGCCCCCUGUGCGGCCACUUAGUACCCAGAUUCAAGAUCAAUGAGCACAUUGAUUUACAAUGUCAGAACUUUGAGAGAGGGGACAGCAGUGCAGCCUCAGCAAGUAAUAGUGUUGUGCCAAGCACUCAGCUGUCACCCAGAAGGAACCCCCCAAAGUCCCCAGAGGUGGAUCCAAACGAGGAAGAAGUGGGGAAAGGGACCGGCACCAGCCCUUAUUUUAAAAAGAAUAACUGUCAGCAGGCACCUCGGGAGCUGUGCAGUAAACGUGUGGUCAGGACGCUUGACCUCGGGAGUCUCGCCGCCAAGUUGUCCAAGAAAUGUCAAAAGGUGCUCGAGAAGUCAGAGGCGGAGGGCGGAGGAGAAGAGGAGAUGUGUUCCUCUGAGGCGCUCGGCAGCUCGCAAAAAGAGAAUCAGAUUCAGAGUUCAGAGAACGAAAGAGACCGCGUGACCGUCGCUGACCUGACAGCAAGCAGCUCAGAGGCCCCCACAGCUGUGGGUAAUCUAUCAUGUCCAGAGAAAGGACACAAUCCUGAUCUCAAAGAAUCUAAGUCGGUCAAAAAACUGGAGCUGCAUUACUCUACCUCUGAACUUGCAAAGAGAAAGACCUCCACUGGCCGAGCGUCUGUCUCUAGAAAGAAAGCAAAGUAUGAAGGGAGCAGCAGAGAGGCAGAGAAAGAUCACUCCCAUGAAACAGAAGAAGAGGUUCUUAACACAGACUCACCUCUGACUACUGCUGCUCGUGUCCCCCCUCUGAAUUCAGACCAAAGACGUCAGGAAAGUGCUGCACUGGUGAAAAGUGAUUCGCCAGCAGAGUCUGGCGCUGUGAACACUAAUAGUGAGCGGGCCGUUGAGGUGUCUCAUCCCUCACGGCUCCCUUACUACCUGCGUAACUUCUGCACCGUGCUUGAGGCUGUCCUGGAGAAUGAGGACGACAGGGCGCUGUUUGAUGGGCGUGAUUUGUCAGUCGUGCAUGGAUUUGAGAAGCUAUCCGUCAUGGGCCAGAAGCUGUACGUGAGGCUCUUUCAGAGGAAACUGAAGUGGCUUCUGGUAAAUAAACUGGAUUAUGAAGAGAUAUGCGGUGAUCUGGGACCUGUCACCCAGGAGCUGGUUCAAGCUGGUUUUCUACAGUCAGAGAGUGACCUACAGGACUUGGGGGAGGCUCUAGAUCUCCUGCCUGCUCCUGAACUCAAAUCCCUGGCUAAGACUUUUCACCUGGGCAACCCCGGGACUCAGAAACAGCAGCUAGUGGAUGGACUUCUACGUCUCAGCCGGCAAAAGUCCCUCUUCUCUCUGAACCCUGCGCAGAACAGCAUUAAUGCUGUCAUGCUGAAAAGGGCGAGGCAGCUGGCAGGUUCUUGUGUGCGUCUGUGUCGGGGUCCUCGGGCUGUCUUCUCUCGCAUCCUCCUGCUUUUCUCUCUGACUGACACCAUGGAUGAAGAGGAGAUGGCGGCUGGUGGGCAGAGCCAGCUCUUCACCAUCCUGCUGGUUAAUUCAGGACGUCUGGCUUUCCCAGAAUACAAAGUGCGGCGUCAAGCCAAGGUGUUUCUGGACAGGGACGAUCUGAUCAGAUAUGAAGCUUCUAUGCGAGCCCUGCUUGAGAUCGUCUCGGCUAUGCAGGGAGGUCAGUGGGAAGAGGCCAUGGAGCUUUACACUGCUGCCAAAAGUCACUGGCAGGAGCUGAGGCAGAACCAUGACCUCAGGCACCAGGAGGAGCUGCCUGUGUUCCUGCGCAGCUUCACAACAGGAUGGGCUUACACUCGUAUCUUAUCGAGAGGGGUGGAGAUCCUGCAGAGGCUACGUCGCUAUGAGGAAGCAGUGGAGGAGUUGCGGUCUUUACUGAUGCAGUCCGUUUACUGUCCUGAUAGUCGAGGACGUUGGUGGGACAGACUGGCGCUGAACCUUCACCAGCACCUGAAACAACCUGAGCAAGCUAUAUGUGCGAUCAGAGAUGGCCUGUCGGACCCCCUGGUGCGAACUGGACAUAAACUCUCUCUUCAUCAGAGAGCUGUCAGGAUGAAAGAGUCUGCCAGCUUUAAGAAACAUCGCCUGCGACUAAAAGACCUGCCCACUAUUCAUGUCCAAGAUGUCAAACAUGUUACUAUCCGGGGACAGCUGUUUCCUCAUGAGGGAGGAAUGGGGAAAUCUAGGUUUCUUUUACCAGCAGAUGGAGAAGGGGAAGAAAGUGCUGAUGCCACGGUUAUAUGCUCUGUGGAAGAACUGUCUUUAGCACAUUACCGUCAACAAGGCUUUGAUCAAGGAAUCCAUGGAGAGGGCUCGACUUUCUCGACGUUGUUUGCCCUUCUAAUGUGGGACGUCAUUUUUAUGGACGGUAUUGCUGAUGUUUUCAAAAACCCAUACCAGUCAUGUCCACUGGAUCUUUACACUGACUGUUUUUAUGAGAACAGAAAAGAAGCGGUUGAUUCUCGUGUGGGGUUAAUUAGUGAGGCAGCUCCUGAGACUCUGCACGACAUGUUGGAGGAUGCCUGGACCUCCCAGGAGGGUAAAGUGUGCUCUUUGGUCAACUGGGAGCGUUUCUCAUCCCUUCAACAGGCACAGUCCCUUGUUUCAUGCCUGAGAGGAGCCUUCUUAGGCGGGGUAAUAGCACGAAUGUCAAAAGACUACAGACACUGUCGUGGAGGUUUGCCUGAUCUUGUGGUGUGGAACACUACAAACAACACCUACAAGUUGGUGGAGGUGAAGGGGCCCAGUGACAGACUGUCCCAGAAGCAGCAGAUCUGGCUGGAUGAGCUGCAGAAACUCGGGGCUGAUGUGGAAGUUUGUCAUGUCGAGGCUACCGGAGCCAGAGGAGCUCGUCUGGAAUAAACAGACACUGACAUAAUGGACUGAUACGAUUUUGCCACGGUUAAUAAAAGUGCAGUGAAUAUGAAAACAUCUGCAGAUUAAGACUCUGAAACAAAAUCCAAAAGGCUUUUGUCUUGUUCUAUUCACCUGGAAAAGAUCUUGAUUCUAUCUCGAAAAUUCAAUUUUCCACACAUCACAGAUUGAUUUCUGCAUGACUUUCGGCCAUUGCGAGGGGUUUAAACCUCUGCUUCCAGCUUGAAGAGGUGCAUCAUGAUGAAGAGUAGAACUCCUAGGAUCAGAAAUAGCUCGCUUACACAUCAUCAGAGACGAUACGUAUAGAAAAUGGAUCUAACAGCCAUACCAAACUGAGGGUGUUUUCCUUUGGAACACUAUGUUCUCUUGAUCUUAGGUUGCCAAGCAACAGAAACUCACAAUCGGUUGGCUAUUUAUGAAUCAAAUGACAGCUCCACAAGUUUUUUUUCUGCAGGUAAUUACUGUAGUAGUUGGCCUAUAAAUAUGCAAUACUCUACUACCAUAUCAAAUAUCAGCUGUGUGCCCACCACAGAGCCAGUCAUCCUCACCAGUCUGUCUAGCCGUGCUGCAUCCCUCUUCUUUCUGCUUCCUCCCCAGCACACCUCGGCGUAGAAGAGGACACUUGCCACCAUAGACUAUAGGUAAACAUCUAUGGCAAUUUUAAUGCGGAUGUUCAAAGACCCAGCCUUCACAAGUACGGACAGUUCUGCCCUUUCCUGCGGAGAAUGUCCAUGUUUGCAGACCAGUCCAAUGUAAUGUAUUGAUAUUGAAGAGAUCAUUUAAUGAACUGUCUUGAUAUAAAAAGUUGUAAGAAUA